AGCCAUCUCCAAACAAACCACAACCGUUUAGGAGAACGACGUCGUAUCCGCCAUUUUCUCCAACCUUGAAGCAAUAGCUUCUUCACUUCCAGAUCUCUUCUUCUUCUUCUUCUUCUACGUCUUCUUCUCUGUUCACUCCUCCCACUGCGUCUCUCUCUCUCUCUCUGCAUGCUCUUCUGUAUUCCCUAGGGUUUCGGAUCCUAAAUCUAAUCUCUAGAGGUCGAGUUCGAAACCUCUUAGAUCCGCCACUGUAGUGGAUUUCGAUUGGAUUGAUCCCAUCUCUGAGAAUAUCCCUUCGUGGAUCAACUAACAUGGCCGAUUCGGAGCCAAUCACGCCUGGCCAGGUAUCGUUUCUGCUCGGAGUCAUCCCUGUGUUCAUAGCGUGGAUAUACUCCGAGUUUCUGGAGUAUAAGAGGUCUUCGUUGCACUCUAAAGUUCAUUCAGAUAAUAAUCUGGUUGAACUUGGUGAGGUGAAAUCCAAGGAAGAGGAAGUAGCUGUUUUACUCGAAGCAGGAGGUCUUCCUAGAUCAGUCUCUUCCAGAUUAUAUAACUCACCCGUCAAAACAAACUUGAUUAGGUUUCUGACGCUGGAUGACUCUUUCUUGAUUGAUAAUCGUGCAACCUUGAGAGCCAUGGCUGAGUUCGGGGGGAUUCUUUUUUACUUUUAUAUUUCCGAUCGUACUAGCUUGCUUGCAGAGUCGAAAAAGAAUUACGACCGAGACCUUUUCCUCUUUCUCUACUGUCUGCUCAUCAUAGUGGCAGCCAUGACGUCCUUGAAGAAACACAAUGAUAAAUCACCAAUAACUGGGAAAUCAAUUCUCUAUCUUAAUCGUCACCAGACUGAAGAGUGGAAGGGAUGGAUGCAGGUUUUGUUUCUGAUGUAUCAUUACUUUGCAGCAGCUGAGAUAUAUAAUGCAAUCAGGGUCUUCAUCGCUGCUUACGUCUGGAUGACUGGUUUUGGGAACUUCUCUUAUUACUAUAUCAGAAAGGAUUUCUCCCUAGCACGAUUCACUCAGAUGAUGUGGCGUCUCAACUUAUUCGUUGCAUUUAGCUGCAUUAUUCUCAAUAAUGAUUACAUGCUAUACUACAUCUGUCCGAUGCACACUCUUUUCACUCUAAUGGUGUAUGGAGCCCUUGGUAUCUUCAGUCGGUAUAACGAAAUACCAUCAGUAAUGGCUGUGAAGAUUGCUUCAUGCUUUCUUGUUGUCAUCGUGAUGUGGGAGAUUCCUGGAGUUUUUGAGAUUUUCUGGAGUCCUCUAACAUUCUUACUGGGAUACACUGAUCCAGCUAAACCUGAUCUACCACUUCUACAUGAAUGGCACUUCAGAUCUGGACUUGACCGCUACAUAUGGAUCAUUGGAAUGAUAUAUGCUUAUUUCCAUCCCACGGUUGAGAGAUGGAUGGAGAAACUGGAGGAGUGUGAUGCUAAGAGAAAGAAUUCAAUCAAAACAAGCAUUAUUGCAAUUUCCUCAUUCGUUGGUUACCUGUGGUACCAGUACAUCUACAAGCUUGACAAGGUUACAUACAACAAAUAUCAUCCCUACACAUCGUGGAUACCAAUAACCGUCUACAUCUGUCUGCGAAAUUCCACACAGCAGCUGAGAAAUUUCUCCCUUACACUAUUUGCGUGGCUCGGCAAGAUUACCCUGGAGACCUAUAUAUCUCAGUUUCACAUCUGGUUAAGAUCGAAUGUGCCUAAUGGACAGCCUAAGUGGCUGUUAUGCAUAAUUCCAGAAUACCCAAUGCUCAAUUUCAUGCUCACCACGGCCAUCUAUGUCUUGGUGUCUCACCGGCUAUUCGAGCUUACCAAUACGUUGAAGUCUGUGUUCAUACCCACAAAAGAUGACAAGAGGCUGCUCCACAACGUCCUCGCUGGAGCUGCCAUUUCAUUCUGUUUGUAUUUAACUGCUCUCAUUCUUCUCCACAUCCCACACUAACCAUGAGGGACUUAUAUAUAAACAUGAAUCUCCCAGGGGUUUCUAUGUCAAAUUUGCUAAAUAGUUACAUCACACGUCUUAUAUCUCGACAAUAAAGAUUUGUUUUCAACAUCAGUAAUUUUUUGAAGCUUGCCAAACGAAGCGCCUUUGGGCUAUAGCCAAGAACCAGAGAAGUUUUAGAAAAUGGCUAGAAGUGAAGCAUCUUGUGGCAUUCAGACAGCAUCAUCUUAGCACUACCUUUGUUCGUUUUCUUUCCUUUCUGUUGUAAUUUUGUCAUAAGUUUUGCCUUCUUGUUCGGCUGUAUUGCUAUAUUGUCAGGAUAUAUAACAUAUAUACCAUCUGCAAUUGCGUGAUUUUUUUUUAAUGAGAAUGGAUGAUUCAGUUCA